UGUUUUAAUUACGAUGCAGACGCCGCGCUUCUCGCGCUCCCACCCACCUCCACGGAGGGUUCUGGGUUUUGUAUGCGAGAAGCUAGCAUCAACAAGACUGCUGCCCAACGGAGAAACAAGCUAGACGGCCAACCGCGGUGGGAUAACCCCAACCCUUCCUGGGGUCAAACGAGCACCGGGACGUUUUCAGGAAGCAGCAGGAAGGGGCCGAUCGAGCGACAUCUGUUGUUGUUGUUAUCACCUGCACGCCUGACAGUCAGGUCCGCGGACUACCUCGGUGUUUUCUCGGUGAGGGUUGAGGUCUCUUCGCCGGCGGGUGAAUGGCGAUGACUGCGGUGAGAGCGGCCGCAGCAGCGGGGGGCCCUGCGUCUUUGUCCCGGUUCAGAGGAGCGCUGGUCGCGGCUGUGCUCGGUGACUGUGUCGGCGGUGAGUUUGAAGGAGCGGAGGAGGUGCCCAUGGAGAGCGUGCUGCAGCACCUGAACGGCCUGGACGACGAGACGAAAGGGGAAGGUAUUCUUGAGUACAGUGAUGACACAGCAAUGGCACGUUGUGUGGUCCAGUCUCUACUCACCCGUGCAGGCUUCGAUGAGCAGGACAUGGCUCGCAGGUUUGCUAAGGAGUACAGUGCAUCCCCUGGCCGCGGUUAUGGUUCCGGAGUGAUCCAGGUGCUGAAGAAGCUGUCCUCUCCACAACUCAGUGACGUGUAUCAGCCAGCCAGGGACCAGUUUAAUGGUCGGGGCUCCUUUGGGAAUGGAGGGGCCAUGAGGGCGGCUCCCUUCGCUCUGGCUUUUCCUGACCUGGCUGACGUUAAAAGGUUUGCCCGUCUCGGCGCCAUGCUGACCCACUCCUGCUCUCUGGGUUACAACGGAGCAGUGCUGCAGGCGUUGGCUGUGCACCUCUCCCUGCAGGGGGCGCUAGACUUACCUCAGCAGUUCAUCAGCAGGCUAAUCACAGAGAUGGAGGAAGUUGAGGAAGAUGAGGCAGCACGCAAUGAUGCCAGAAUCCUAAAGGAAGCAGAGAUGCCGUUCAGUGACCGCCUCCACAGAAUCCGAGACCUGAUGGACAGGAGCAAGGUCAGCAUAGAGGAGGUCAUCUCUGAACUGGGUAAUGGUAUUGCGGCGCUCCACUCAGUCCCUACCGCCAUCUUCUGUGUCCUCCACUGCCUCCAGCCCCGCAAAUGCCUUCCAGAGAACUACAGCGGCCUUGAGAGGACAAUAGCAUACAGCCUGGCCCUGGGAGGGGACACAGACACCAUAGCCUGCAUGGCUGGGGCCAUCGCCGGGGCCCACUACGGCAUUGAGGCCGUUCCACAGUCCUGGAUGAGGUGCUGUGAGGGAGCCCAGGAUGCAGACAUUAACGCAGAGCGGCUUCACAUGCUGUACCACCAGUCGUCACAGGGCGGCGGGAGUGGGACAGGGGGCCAGAGCCGUGAAUUCAGACGUGAAAACAAGUCAAACACUUCUAACGGUACAGAGAAGAAAAGUGAAGCACAGUAAUGCUCCAUAUUUUUUUUUUUUUUUUAACAAAAGGACUCUCACACACAGACACACAUUAAAACAUACACAAGAGACACACAAAUUGUUCAGUGUUCGACUUUUUUGGUCUGCAUAUGCAUACACAAUAAAUUAUACACAAUCGUACCUGCUCCUUCCUGUUUUGUGAUGAACAAUCUUUUGUUAUGUGAAAGUUGCACUAUGAAUUGGCCAUGUCUUGUUUUAUCCUUAUGGUGGAUAAUAACUAUUUAAUAAACUUUUUUUUUUAAUUCA